CGAUAUCCACACGUGCGAAAUGAUUUUUUUUCCACUACCAUAAGAAAGAAUAGCCAAUUUAUUGACUUUGAUUUGGUAUAGAAACGAGCCAUAGUGGACGUCGAUUUAGUUGCAAUUUUCUAGUCAUUUUUUUACUUGUAGCUGAAAGAGUUUCAACAUUGUGAUAUAGGCUAAAAUGGUACAAAACGACAAUUUAAAUUCCGGUGACGAGAACCCUGCGCUAGUCGAAGGGACCGAGAUCUUCAUACCCCCGGAAAACCCAGCGAAAGGCAUCCCCACCGGCAGAUACCGCUUGGUGGGAUGGGGCAUCGACACCACAGGUCGCCGACUCAUAGACGAGAUCGUUCAAAUCGCAGCCUACACUCCAGACUCCACCUUUUCGCAGUACAUCAUGCCCUUCGCGGAUCUCAAUCCCAUCUAUAGCCGUAGGCACGGUAUCCGGGUCGUUAAUACCAUCCGCUACAGGCGCCUGCGGGAUCUGAACACCCAGCAGUUUGUCAAGACUAAGAGCGAAAUCUCGGCGUUGAAUGACUUCUUGCAGUGGCUGGAGACGGUCAAGGGAGAUGACGUCGAUGGGGUUAUCCUCAUCUACUAUGAGCUGAGAAAAGCGUCGCCCGGUAUGCUCCUGGAGUCUCUCAGGAGGUAUCAGCUUGUUGACAGGUUUUCGAAAGUAGUGAAAGGGUUCGCCAACGGAUUCAACAUUGCUCAGGCCAAGUGCGCAAACACCACCAAAUCCUUUUACCUGCGCGUCAUGUCGAAAGUGUUACUGAACCGCGAAGACGAGCACUUCAACAGCGCCGUCGAUAGGGCGAAGGCUUCCUUCGACAUAACCACCCACCUCGCCCAGAGCGAGAGGGAGGAGCUGGAGGGAAAGCCGAGUGUAACGUGCACCGGCAAGGAGGAGCACGUCAUCGACUUUGUCUGCCCAUACACUAACCCGAUCUCUGCCGAAGAAGAUGAAAUUGCAGUAUUUAAGGUAUUGUUAGCGAGACAAAAUACAUUCCGGCCAGUAUUCGGUGCCUUAUUGAGAGCCAGCCGGUCAGAGAGGCAGCACGCCAGUCACCUGAGAAGGCUACUGGCAGAGAACAACAUCAACUAUGACAAGCUGAAACUGGCAUAUGAUUCUGGUGCCAAGGAGGGGCUCGAACAAGUCAUCAAAACCGAGGUCGCUAACGCCAAGGAGAAGGAUCUUGAAGAGCUCCUCGAGAUCCUCGACUGCUUCUUUGACCCCGAAAAGAAGGCGAUCCAGCCGAAGCAGCAGCAGCAACAGAGGAACUACCAGUACCGCCGAAGAAGCGCCGGCAAGUUCAACCGCAGCAAGAGCUCCGCUUCGGACAGCCAGAGCCCGAACGCUUCGGACAGCCAGAGUCCAAACGCUUCGACGGACAAUCCGACGACGGACGCCCCGACGGCGAGCAGCGACGCGACGACCCCGAGAAGCGAACAAGACCAACAACCGGCGGUAGUUGCCCCCGUCGCUGUUGAGUAAGUGCCUUGAGGUGGACAGCGAGAAAGAGAGGACGAAGAGGGAGGGAGGCAGCAAAACGGGUAGGUUGCGGGCUGAGGCGUCAUUCCAUGCCAAAUUAUAUUUAUUGGUCACUUUGGUACAAUUAGUCGGGGUUUAAAGACACUUUUUUUAAUCAAUGAUAAUUAUAUUUAAUUUUUAAUUUAAAAAUCAUUUGUAAACAUUUAAAUUGGUCUUUUUGUUUACUGAUUCGAUUGAAAAUACUUACCAGUCAUUGAGUGAAAUGGUAUAAAAUAAAUAAUGAAGAUUAAAUUACGAUAAAAAAUAACUUUUUGAAAUAGAAUUGUCUAGAGCAUGACAUAGCAUUACCGGUAGUAUGAAUUCUUUAAUUUGUAUAGAUAUUCUUCAGUUUUAGUUUGUCUUCUAAUCUAUUUUAGAAAUGAAGUUGUUUUGUUGCUAACAACAUUCUUUAACCUCUAAUCGGUAUGGAAAGAGUUCAACAAAUUUACACGUCAGUACAGAAAAAGAGUAAUGAAAUUGUAUCAAAAUGAAUUAACAAUUAUUUGAAGAAGCUUUUGAAAAUUCAACUUUGAGAGAAUUUGAGAUGUUGAAGUUUAAUAGGUACGUUGAUUUGAUAUGGAAUGGCCUCCGCUGAUGUCUUUUGCCGCGGCUCACUUCGUUUGCAGCGCCCUCUGUCGAUCGCGGGAUACUUAUCAUUAAUAGUUAGCUUUCUGUUUUUCUUCUAAUAUUUUUAUCACGUGCUGUCGACGGUUUUGACAUGGUUUAUUAUUUGUUGACGUACGUGCCAUUUCGGAUUUCUUUUUUUUUAUAUAUUUAUAAUGAUAUAGAUAUAUAUAUAUAUAUAUAUCGGUUAUGUUGAAUCGUGAUAGGUUUAUUUUUCUUAUGUUACAUAAUAUGAUGUUUAAUUUUGUGAUGAUUAUAGGUUUAUGUAUUUUGUAA